GAGAGCCCACGCGCCACCAGCGCGCCAUGAGUCCCGGCCAGCGCGCGGGCGGCGACGCGCCGAAGGGCGGCCUGGCGGGCAGCGGUGGCGGCGACGCGGGACGCCCGGCGACGGCAGCGGGGGCCUGGGCGCUGAGCGCGCUGUGCCUGCUGCUCUCCGCGGGCUCGGCGGCCGCCUGCCUGCUGCUGGGCGUCCAGGCGGCCGCGCUGCAGGGCCGGGUGGCGGCGCUGGAGGAGGAGCGGGCGCUGCUGCGGCGCGCGGGCUCGCCGGACGCCCUGGCCGCCUGGGCCGAACCGCACCUGGAGCGCCUGCUGCGCGAGAAGUUGGAGGGACUCGCCAAGCUGCGGACAGUUCGGGAAGCGCCAUCGGAGUGCGUCUGCCCCCCAGGCCCCCCGGGACGGCGCGGCAAGCCUGGAAGAAGAGGCGAUCCCGGGCCACCCGGGCAAUCAGGACGAGAUGGCUACCCGGGGCCACUGGGUCUGGAUGGCAAACCCGGACUUCCAGGCCCCAAAGGGGAAAAGGGUGCACCAGGAGACUUCGGCCCCCGGGGAGACCAAGGGCAGGAAGGAGCCGCUGGGCCCCCAGGGCCUCCUGGACCCCCUGGGGCCCGGGGCCCUCCUGGAGACACCGGGAAAGACGGCCCCAGGGGAGCACCAGGCCCCAUGGGUCCCAAAGGAGAAGCUGGACAAGACGGCGAGACGGGCCCGAGUGGACCCCCAGGGCCCCAGGGGCAUGAUGGGGCACCAGGCCAGCCAGGGGUCCCUGGACCCCCAGGGCCCAAGGGUGAAGCGGGGAGCGCGGGGCCUCGGGGAGAGAAUGGCCCGGAUGGCGCCCCAGGACCCAAGGGGGAGCCCGGCCACCCGGGAGCCGACGGAGCCACAGGGCCACGGGGUCCCCCAGGCCUCAAGGGCGAGCAAGGAGACACGGUGGUGAUUGACUACGAUGGCAGGAUCUUGGAUGCCCUUAAGGGUCCUCCUGGGCCACCGGGGCCACCAGGGCUGCCAGGGCUGCCUGGAGCCAAGGGCGAACUUGGACUGCCCGGGGCUCCCGGAAUCGAUGGAGAGAAGGGUCCCAAAGGACAGAAAGGAGACCCAGGAGAGGCUGGGCCAGCCGGACCUAAAGGGGAAGCAGGCGAGAUGGGCCUGUCAGGCCUCCCAGGCACCGACGGCCCCAAGGGGGAGAAGGGAGAGCCGGCAUCUGACAGCCUACAGGAGAGCCUGGCCCAAAUCAUAGUGGAGCCAGGGCCCCCAGGCCCGCCUGGUCCCCCAGGCCCCAUGGGCCUUCAGGGAAUUCAGGGUCCCAAGGGCUUGGACGGAGCAAAGGGAGAGAAGGGCGCGUCGGGCGAGAGAGGCCCCAGCGGCCUGCCUGGGCCGGCUGGCCCGCCAGGCCUCAUUGGGCUGCCAGGAACCAAAGGAGAGAAGGGCAGGCCCGGGGAGCCAGGACUCGAUGGUUUCCCUGGACCCCGAGGAGAGAAAGGCGACCAGAGCGAGCGUGGAGAGAAGGGGGAGCGCGGCGUCCCCGGUCGGAAAGGAAUGAAAGGCCAGAAGGGCGAGCCAGGACCCCCAGGCCUGGACCAGCCGUGUCCUGUGGGCCCCGACGGGCUGCCCGUGCCUGGCUGCUGGCAUAAGUGAUCCCCAGCACACAGCUGACAACCUGUACAGAUCCGUGUGGACAUUUUUAAUUUUUGUAAAAACAAAACAGUAAUAUAUUGAUCUUUUUUUUCACGGGCUGUACCACCAUCCCUGUGGCCUUUUAACAUUUGAGAGUGUGCCCGGCCCAGCCCCAGAACGCUCAGCAUGUGAAGCUGGUGGGAACAUGGACAGGCCCAGUGGGGGCACGACGUACUUGAGGGCCACCUGCGGGACUUGGCUUUCCCGGGAAGGAUCCGGGCCCAGGAGAGGUUGCAAAGACGCCGGCCAGGUUAGGCCUUCAGUCACCUGAUCAGCAGAGACUCUGGCUGUCCUGCUGCCCAGGGCCCACCCCAUCCAAAAAGGCUCAGGGCACGGAUGGCCAAGGCAGCUGCUCCAGGCGUCUCUGGCCUCGGCACUCAGCCACAGCCAGCUGCCCAUCCCUUGGGCCCACCGCCUGGGCCCUGAUUCAUCAGAGCAGGGCAGGACUCAUGCCCAGCACUUGCAGCCGGACACUGGGAGCUGUGGGAAGCACCCCAAGCAGGUGGAGCUCCCACCGAGUUCCGCAGGCCUCAGGAAGCAGCCUGCCUGCCGUGAGGACAAGCAUCCUGUGUCCAGGAGGAGAGGCCCAGCACUAUGAUCGCCACCGUGUGGACCCAGCUGCGGGGAGCCCUAUGAUCCCCGAGUGUGGAGGGCAGCAGGUCCCAGGCUGGGUGUCUGCCGCUUCCUGUCUAUCUCCACGCCCCUCCAGAGCAGGGACAUGAUGGGACUGAUGAGAUGGACCUCCAGCUCAGAGUUUGGGUCUCACUGGCCCCAAGUCUCCCAGCCAGGGGAACUCUGGCCAAAAAUGAGUGUGCAGAUGAAGAGAGCCUCAGGGCUGGCUCCAGGCAGGCCUGAGUAGGGGGCCUGUGACCCGAGCUAGUGACCCUCUGAGAAGCGGCUGCCCCACCUCUGACAAGGGUUCCCAGCCACCACCUCUGACCCGGCCACUUGCCUGCCCCCUGUGUAGACAGAUACUGUUGCGUGUAGUAAACCACAGAUGUGCGUCUGGGUGUGCCUGUCCUUGCAGACUGCCCCUGGCACCACCACCAAGCGAGCUUUCAGCCUGGCCUUCGCUAGGUGGGGAGGGAUAAGGGGACUGUCCCUGGGCCGGAGCCACCCCAGAAACCAGAGGAAGUAGCUCAGAGUCAGGGCAAAGAUGGGGCUUGGCGUUGUGAAGACAAAGACUCAAGGCACGGCCCUGCCAUGCUGCCACCUGAGCCCCCUUGUCCAGCCACCCGAAUUACCAAGCCCCUGUGUGGCCUCUGACCGCUGCAUAACAAAGCACCCCCAAAUCUUCUGCCUUAAAACAGUGAGCCUUUCUACUUGUCUCUCACAGCUCUGGGGUAAUGGGCUCAGCUGGGUGGUUGUGGCUCAGACUUGCCACACCUGCUGGUUGAUGCUGGCUGUCAGCUGGGACCCCCGAUGGCCAGGACACCUCUGUGUGUGUGUGUGUGUGUGUGGUCUGGGCUUCCUCACAGCAUGGCUGCCAGAUUCCCAGGUAGACCUCAGUCACCUUUUAUGGCCAAGCCUCAGAGGUCAGGUGGUGUCACUUUCUGCCAAGAUCACAGGUUCACCCUCAUUCAUCACCCUCAUUCAAGGGAUAACUGUUGACAUUGCAUUUUAAAGAGAAAAUGUGGGGUAGGCGAUCUUGCAUCAGCCGUCCUAGAAAAUUCAACCUGUCACUUCGUUGACGCUUACACUCAGACUGUGGUCUGGGGAGAAGCAACUGGGCGGAACACAUGAAGAACCUAGGACAGGUGGAGCACCCAGAAGCGACCACAGUCGUGAGUUCCCUGUCUCCUCCUCACUCCAAGACAAAGCCAGUGCCACAGUCUUACAGCGUAUUUCUACAUCUCUCAUCCCAGCUGGUCUUUACAACAGUCCCAAGAGAGGGACUCAGUGAACGUGCCCAUUUCUCAGAUGGCAAAAUCGAGCACACCCGGGGCGGUAUAGACAAGAAGAGGCCUGCAGUGACAGUGUCUCAGCCUUCUUCCUCCAAGGACUGAGGCCCAAGGAGGCCACACUAUGGGUAGUAUGGGUAGUUUCCCCCCCAGACCCCGCUAUGUGGCCUCCUCGCUAAGCAAGAGGCCCAGCCACCUGCUGGCUAAGGAGAAAGAAAGCCCCCACUUCUGUUUCCCUCAGUUACUGGCACUAAGUGGAAGUCGUGUGGGUCACCAGGGAAGCCAUAGUGUGAAAAGAAAGAGAAACAUGGUGAGGCUGUGAUGACUGAUGGAGGCUACUGGGCGUCCAAGUGUCCUCUGGAGUUCUGGCGUCACCGCACCAAGCCACUGCACACUACAAUUUGUAAUUUGCUCCUCCCUGCACCCAGGAACCUCACCGGAUCCCCUCUCCAACCCUGUGAAAGACAAGACCACUUUGGUUGGUGUCCCUAUUUCUGCUUUACAUGUGGGAAAAGUGGGGCUCCGAGGGGUAAGUCCCCUGCCCAGGGAUACGCAGCCAGGACGUGGUAGCAGGUGUAGGACGGGACCCAGGCUCUUGGGUGUCCUCCAGUUUGUCUCUCUGAAAUUGCUUGGCAGGGCAUGGAGUCUGUGGGCAGGGCCAUGAUGCUGGGUGACUGGCAGGCAGAUCCUCAUGAGGGUAGAAGCCACAAGUACCCCGACUUCCCCAGAUAAUCCAGGAGGUCCUUUCCAGUGCCAUCCAGCAGGACAGGGCCAUUCAUGGCUCACUGCUGCCCUCUUGUGGCCUCAUGCUGUGUAUUCUUAGGUCUGCAAACUUCAAAAUUUAAAGUGCAGAGUACUCUAAGAGCUUAGAGUAGGGUCAAGAAACUACAGAAGAGUGAAUGACUUGCUAAGGUCCCAGCUGAGACACUGGGGAGCACCUUGCCUUGCAGCUGAGCUUCAGGGAUUGAGGGGCUCAUGUCCCCCUGCCAAGAGGGCAGCUGUGCCCCACACUAGCCCCUUCCAGAAGUGAGGAAACACAUUUACUGAGCCCCGCCGUGUGCCACGGCAGCUAAACUAAUUACAAGGAUGACUGUUCCCCUUUUGCAGAUGAAACUGAGGCCCAAGAGGAGUGGGCUUGCCCAGGCCUCCUUCCUCCUCAUCCCCAGGAUACAGCUAGAAAUGCACGGGAUGCUUUCAGUCAUCACAAUGGUCGGGGGAACACUCCUGGUACUGGUGGGUAGGGCCAUGGAUAGCAGACAUCUGAGACGCAGGAGACAGUCCUGCCCAAUGAUAAAUCAUCUAAGAAUGUAACACCCGCGUUGAGAAACAGCUUGCCCUGGCUUCAAGUCUUGACUCAGCUACUUCCUCGUACCCCCUGCCCUCUUGGCCUCCAGUAGCACCUCAAAGGUCAGGCAUGACAUGAUGGACAGAGGCAUGCUUUGCAUGGGGCCAGAGGAAGGAAAGAGUGGGCUCUUCUGAACAGGAAGAACGGGAGUCUUCCUGGAGUUGUCCUGCCCCUGUUGGAGAUACUCUUGGCCCAGGAAAUGGCCCAGCUUGGUCUGACCUCCAACCUCCUGACCCUGGACAUCCUGGGAGUGAACUGGGCCUGACUGCGGCCUUCUCACCCUCUACCCUGAGGCAGGAGAAGUCUCUGUGCCAACCUGACUUCUCUGAGCUGCUCUGGGCCACAAGAUAGGCUUGUGUUUGGGCUCAAGAUAGGGCCAAAGAUGGGCUUCACACAGGACUCUCAGUCUCCCUCUGCCACACACACACACACACACACACACACAACACAUACACAAACAUACACAAACAUUCACAUUGCAUUUAAAGCUGGUCACAAGCAACCUCUCUUGGUCAACUUGGGAGGGAUUUUUUUUUUCACGAAGUCAUACCUAAGGUUCAAUUCAGCUUUAUAAUUUAAAGGAAGAAACUCCAUUCAGUUUGCAAAGACGAAAAAGUUCUGGAGAUGGAUGGUGGUGAUGGGUGCACGUGAGGUACUUAAUGCCACUGAAUGUGUACACUUAAACAUGUUAAAAAUGGUAAAUUUUAUGUUAUGUACA